CCGAACAACCAAACAGAAAAGUUUAAUAAACAGCAGGCGGAGGGGCUGGUGGCGGCGGCCGGGCCGGGGUGAGCAGGGCUUCUGUGGCCUCACCUGUCCCCAUUCACCGGCGGCGAUCGGCGGCGGCGGGCAGCGCGUCAGGCGGAGAGAGCCGCCGCCAGCCCAAGAAGCAGCAGGAAAGACAACCUGACAUAGGGAACUGGGGACUGCUGUACAGAGAGAGAACUACAAAACACCCUCAGUGCAGUAGGAACCCUAAUCCAAAGUCCCUAUACUUUUAUCAGAGCAUAAAGGGGAUUGAAGAAGAAACUGUUUAACUGGGAAUUGAUUUGUAUACCUGUAAAGCACUUGAGUAAUGGUGUGCAACAGAGGAACAUGGCUCAAGAAACUAAUCACAGCCAAGUGCCUAUGCUUUGUUCCACUGGCUGCGGAUUUUAUGGAAACCCUCGUACAAAUGGCAUGUGUUCAGUAUGUUAUAAAGAACAUCUUCAAAGACAGAAUAGUAGUAAUGGUAGAAUAAGCCCACCUGCACCUUCUGUCAGUAGUCUGUCUGAGUCUUUACCAGUUCAGUGCACAGAUGGCAGUGUCCCAGAGGCUCCGUCGGCGCUAGACUCUACAUCGUCAUCUAUGCAGCCAAGCCCUGUAUCAAAUCAGUCACUUUUAUCAGAAUCUGUAGCAUCUUCCCAAGUGGACAGUACAUCUGUGGAUAAAGCAAUACCUGAAACAGAAGACCUGCAAGCUUCAGUAUCAGAAACGGCACAGCAACCAUCUGAAGAGCAAAGCAAGUCUCUUGAAAAACCAAAACAAAAAAAGAAUCGCUGUUUCAUGUGCAGGAAGAAAGUGGGACUUACUGGGUUUGAAUGUCGGUGUGGAAAUGUUUACUGUGGUGUACACCGUUACUCAGAUGUACACAAUUGCUCUUACAAUUACAAAGCUGAUGCUGCUGAGAAAAUCAGAAAAGAAAAUCCAGUAGUUGUUGGUGAAAAGAUCCAGAAGAUUUGAACUCCUGGAAUAAAAAAUCCUUCGACCAUCUGCAAACUAAAAAUUGACUUGAGUUUUUUUUUCCUAGUCAUUGGGAAUGUAGAGCAAUGUAUCUUGCAUAGACCUUUUAAUCAUGCAUGUCAUCAGAAGAAUAGAUUUUUGUUUUUGUUUUGAAAAUGACUCCGAACAUUUAUUUACAUUGCAGUUUCUGUGGCUGAAAAGACUUAAGUAAACUUUACAAGUAUUAUCCUUUUAAGAUCAUUUUAAUUUUAGUUGAGUGCAGAGGGCUUUUAUAACAAACGUGGAGAAAUGUUGGAGGGCUGUGAUUUUUCCAGUAUUAAACAUGCAUGCGUUAAUCUUGCAGUUUAUUUUCUCAUUGUGUAUGUAUAUAUAGCUUUUCUCUGCAGCACGAUUUCUCUUUUGAUAAAUGCCCUUUAGGGCACAACUAGUUAUCAGUAACUGAAUGUAUCUUAAUCAUUAUGGCUGCUUCUGUUUUUCAUUAACAAAGGUUAUACAUAUGUUAGCAUAUAGUUUCUUUGCACCCACUAUUUAUGUCUGAAUCAUUUGUCACAGGAGAGUGUGUGCUGAUGAGAUUCUAAGUUUGUGUGUUUUUAAAUUUUUUUGAGUAAGGGAAGGAAAAGCUGUAUGCAUUUCAUUGCUGACUGCAGGUUUCUUUCAGAUUACGUUCAUUGGUCUGUGUGUAUACAAUAUGAAGAAUGAUCUGAAGUAAUUGUGCUGUAUUUAUGUUUAUCUACCAGUCUUUGAUUAAAUAAAAAGGAAAACCGUAAUGUUCCCUUGUAUUACUUUUUCUCUUAUUCUUUCUGGUAGUUCAUUUUGGCUUCUGGUCCUUCAGUUUUCUACUUUACUUAAUUUUGUGAGAUGAACUCACAUCUGUUUGUGAGUAAUCUUAGGAUGACAAACUGUGAUCUUACAUUCCUGUGAGUCGAACAUGUCAUAUUUUCUAGCUCUUGUCUGAUUCUCUGUUCUGAACUCUGUCACACUGAAUUAGCAUCCAGUAGAAGCUUCGUUUUGGUAGGAUUAGAGAAACAGAAACAGCAUAACUCAAACACGGCAGUUGGAGAAUUGUGAAGUAGAAAGACCAUUUGUCCUGUGGUUUCAAACUUACCUGGCCGCCAACCUUUUUAAAACUUGAAAUAUUAUGUAAAAAAGAUUAAAAUAGUAUUUUACAAUACAAA